GUGGAAUCUAUGGCGAUUUCACUAGGAACGGGUUUUCUUACAAGCUACAAAAGAACUUUGCUACGCAUUAUUUCGUGAGUAGGAACCUCUACAGAAAACUGAAAUCAGCAGUUGAUACAAUAGAUGGAUGGAUGGAGACAAAAACGUAUUCAAAAACGAUCGUUUUGGCUAAGAACAAUCUCCUAUCGAUUAAUCCUGAUUUCGUCCACUUGAUUUUCCUGGACAAAAAUAGAAAAGUUGAUGAAUUCAAGCUGCUCGAGAUCGGCUUUGAUGAAUGGAAGAAAUUGAUUGGUUACAUUCCCGAAAUCGAUCAACACCUAAGUAUGAAACGUUCUUCAGAAAAUGAUGACGGGAAGAUAAAAUGUUUCAGACUUUGCACGACUAUGAGGAUGGUACAAUAGAGUACGGUGAAUGGACGACGGCUUUCAACAAAGCCAUAGCUAGUAUCGAUUUAAAACUAGCUAUGGGCUCCGAUGGUUCAUCCAUGAUGAUAGAGGAUCAUAGUUUCAUCCCUUUACAAGAGGAAGAAAUCGUCAAGUAUGCGUAUUGGUUUCUACUAGCUCGUGAGAAAUCCCGUAAACCAACGUGUAGAUAUUGUGUCGCCGGGAUCCACCCACCCAAUCUUCUGGAACAUGACUGCAUGGAUGAUGGAUCCUAUAUCGAUGAAGGCGCAGUUAUCAAUAUUGAAAUUGAACGUGUCGCCUUUCGGUUGGCUGCUUUUUUCAAUAUGACAAUAGUGGAGGACAAAUAUCAUCAGUUGAUUGAGAACGUGACAUCUAAAAAUCGGGAUGAUGAUGAUAUAACCCCAUCAACACCCACGGAGGAAAUGAUAAGGAACAUUUUAAAGACUAUUUGGUAGACUCUUUGCUGUUGUUGAAUAACUAUAUUUUAAUGACUCUGGUUACAUUAAGAAUCACUUGUCCAUAAAAUGUCCAGUUUUUAAAUACCCGGCAAGUCAUUCAAUAGGUUAUGAAAAUUCCUGAUCAAUUCUAUCACUACAUCCCGCUGCUGCUACUGCUUGAACAUCAUCUGAAUCAAAAAUAAC